GCUAUGUGUCAGAGAAAAACAUCCCGAGCUAGAAUCCGCUACACGGGCGCUUUUUUGUUGAGACGGAUCCAACUAAAACGCUGUUAAAUUUCACGGUUUGUAGCCUCCCCGGCAACACACAGAUAACAUGCCCGGGCAGAGGUAACCUUCCCCGGUGCUGCUGCUGCCUCUUCAGCCGGCUGAAGGACGGAGCAGGACGGAUAAAACCCCGAUGGAGAGGCCGAGCAGAUUGCUUCUGCUCUCCGAGCUUCGCGUCCGAAACGCCGCGUACGAUGUGAGCCUGAGCCGGUCCCUGCUCACCUGGAAGAGACGGGUUUCCAGCCCCGUUUACCACCCAUUCAGACCCAGGUUUUGUGUUCCUCCGUUCCCUCGUCGACCAGACUCAGGUGUGUGUUGCAGCGUGCCAGUAUCAGAGAUCAUCUCUGUCCGAGAGGUAGAGGAGGAGACGAGCAGCAGACAGAGAGAAGACGAUGGCAGCUGGAAGAAAAUCAAAGAGAGAGAGGGAAAGGACUGCAGGCAGGCCUUCACAGUGAGGUAUGUGGAGAGGAGUCGGCAGCACCGCUGGCGGUGUGCUGAGAUCACGUUCACCUGUCCAGAGGAGGGGCUUUGUCAACGCUGGGUCAGCAGCAUCAGAGAUCAGAUUGCCACUAUCACCAUCAGACCCAAACACCUGCUGGUCUACAUCAACCCGUACAGCGGGAAGCGACGGGGCAAACAAAUCUACGAGCAGAAGGUGGCGCCACUGUUUGCCCAGGCAGGCGUCUCCACAGAUGUCAUCGUGACGGCAUACGCUAACAAUGCAAGGGAUCACCUGAGGACGGAGGCGGAGCUGAAGAAGUAUGAUGGGGUGGUUUGUGUCGGAGGAGACGGCAUGUUCAGUGAGAUCAUCCACGGUCUGAUCUGGAGAACUCAGAUAGACGGCGGCAUUGACCCAAACUGUCCAGAUGAAGCUCUGUCCUCUUGCUCGCUUCGCAUCGGAAUCAUUCCUGCAGGUUCGACAGACUGUAUCUGCUUCGCCACUGUUGGCACCAACGACCCCGUGACGUCUGCACUACACAUCAUCGUUGGGGACUCUCAGCCCAUGGAUGUGUGCUCCGUUCACCACAACAACAGCUUCCUGCGGUACUCUGUCUCUCUGCUGGGAUAUGGUUUCUAUGGCGACGUGCUAACUGACAGCGAGAGGAAGAGAUGGAUGGGACCGGCCCGAUACGACCUCUCAGGUCUGAAGAUGUUUCUGACUCAUCAUUACUAUGAGGGAACUGUGUCCUACCUGCCUGCUAGAGGCAUCAUGGGAACCCCGCGGGACGCUGCAAGAUGUCGAUCUGGCUGUGUGGUUUGUCAACACAACGGGCAGCUACUGUCAGAGAGAGCCGAGAAGUACGAGUUGGACGAAGCUUCAGAAAGCGAGAGCGAUGGCGAGUGGAGGACUAUUCGAGGGAAGUUCUUGGCGAUAAAUGCUGCCAGUAUGAGCUGUGCUUGUCCUCGCAGCCCUAAAGGCCUCUCACCUGCUGCUCACCUGGCUGAUGGCACCACCGACCUCAUCCUGGUGCGCAAAUGUUCCCGCUUUGACUUCCUCAGACACCUCCUGAGACACACCAGCAAAGACGACCAGUUUGACCUGACUUUCGUUGAGGUCCACCGGGUGCGUCGUUUCCGCUUCACACCGCGACACUGCCAGAGCGACUCGGACCUGGAACUUGAUCUUCGAGAGCAUGGCAAGCGCCAGAUCUUCAGUCAGAUAUGUAGAGAUCACCCGGCGUGUGGGUGCACCCCCGCCUACAGCAGCUGGAACUGCGAUGGCGAGAUUCUCACCCACACAGCCAUAGAUGUCAGAGUGCACUGCCAGUUGAUCAAGCUGUUUGCACGAGGGAUCGAAGAACCGCCGGUGUUCGAGGAUCUCACAAACCCCUGUGCAAUAUAAACCCAAAACCCUCACUACUCCCUACAAGACACUGGAGUCUCCUUAUGUCUUCAUCCUCACUGCUGUUGCUGCCAUCACUACUCCUCACAUCAGCUGUUACAGGACAAAGAUCUUCAGUACGCAUAGAAAAAACUCACUCUCUGCAUCUGAAAGUCCAAAAUGAUGACCUCCGCUGACAGGUAUUGAGGUGAAGUAGCAUCUUGAGUCGCUGGAGAGAACUUCCAAAGGAUAAAGGUUUUUGAUUUCUCCUGCAGGACACUGCUGAUUUAGGGUCUACCAGGGUGUCUGGCAUCCACCUUAUUCUUAUUUAUGACCUCCAGUUUUGCUGCAGAGGCCUGAGGCUCCAGAAUCAUCCAGAUCAUGACUACAGGAUUUUGUUACCUUGAGGCUACAGAUGGUUUCUGUUAAAGUUUAAAACAAUAGAAGCUUUGGGUCUAAACCAAAGCAACGUGAGUGUUUGUAUGUUGCAGAGCAUUGCUGCUCCUGUCUCUGCCGGGAUAUUAGAAUAGUCCAUGACUUGAGUCCAAUUUAAGGUGAUUUAUUUUGACUCAGACUUGGUCCCAGGCCUUAAGGACCUGAACUUGUCUCGACUCUUACUUCUCAUUAGAUAAAAAUGAAAAUAUCAGAAGAAAACAAGAAGUGUUGAAGUGUCAAACAACCUUAGUUAUUUUGACAAGACUUUGACUUGUCUAAACUGCAGACUUCUCAUAUGCAUGUAGCUUUAAAAUCUUUAGAAAAUGUUUCAAACAUUUAGCUUAUUUGCACUUUUAAACUAGUUUUGAUUGUUUCUAGUGAUCUGAACUGAUCUUGGAUUCUGAAUGAUCUGUUACAUGAUAUUAAGGAUGCCAGACAUCAUGACCAUUGGUGCUCAGCAGUUUAACUUUCAUGAAAAGAAAACAGUAAAUCUUCUGCACAUGGUCUGUGCUAAUGCUGACUAGAGAUACAGUACUGUGCAGAGCUUUUAGGCAUGUUUGGGUGAAAAAUUUAAUGCUGAAGUAAGGCAUAGAUGUGAGUUAGCACCAUAGGGCAGGAAGGGGGAUUAACACAACCCCUGUCAUGUUCUGGAUGUCCUUGCAUAUUACCAGGGACACGGGAAAAUGAUGUUGAAAGUCCACACCUUUAGGGUGGAGUGAGGGAUGGCCUAGGGUACCAUCUGGUCGGGUAGUAGGGUUGCCAUGAGCCCUGGUCAUGCUGUGGCAGUCCUAAGGCCUGAAAUCCACUGGUGGUCUCCAGGUGUACUGCCAGGGGGUUAAAAGGCCCAGACAAAAGAGAUGUUUGCAAGCUUGACCUUGAAGCGACACAUGUGUGGCAACAUGUGUCCAGCUUGACUCUGGCCACUCUCCCCCUCCCCUCCCCUCCUUUCCUCUCCUCUCCUGUCCUGUGUUGUGCCACAAUGAGCCCCAUGUUAAAUCAUUAGCACUCUACAUGCCUAAAACUUAUGCACACAGCUCUAUAUUUCCAUGUUGAACCUCCUUUUUACUUCAUGUGUAUGAAGCUUUCUGUUACAUUCUGAUUUAAAACCAUUGUACUUCAUUGCUUCCUUUUCUCCAUAUUUAUUGGCUCAAUCUUUAUUGUUUUCUUAUACUGAAGUAUUUAAUUCCCAGCAUUUAAAAAAGAACAACGAAGAUUGAACUUAAAUGUUAGCACAUUGAGUUUGCGUCAAGCUGGACGGGCUGAGUUAGCUGAACAGUGCAUAUUUUUAAUCUUCCAUUUUCACUCAGUAUGCAACAAAAAACAAAGAUCAUCUGAAAAGUGCUGCUUUAAAUGGGUAUUACAGUAUUUUUGAAGCUGGGUUGUAUAAGGUACUUUGCAAUCAUGGUGCCAUUAGCCUCCAAUGGUGUCAGACAGGGCGUGUUUGAGGAAGCUAUGCAUGCGCCCCAAUUGGGUGCAGCUGCUCUAUGUAAUAAUUUAUAAAGUUUAAUGUAAACUGGGGAAAAAAAUGCUGGCUCAAAUUUAAAUUAUAUUGGAGCAUUUUAUUUUCACCCAGAAAGCCUCUGUGUUUGGCACUACUUUGCAAUGCGAGCUUCAGCUGCUGGAUACGUGGUCUUCCGCCUCAGCUGAUCUGAACAGCUGUUUGUGUCUGCGGGCUUCAUCAGAGGAAAUGAGAAGUAACCAAGCUAAAACAACGCUAAAAUGUCUGAGAGAUGAUGACUUACUGUGAAGGGGAUCCUUUUAUGAACCAGAGUACGCAGAGGAACUUCGACAGAUGAAGCUCAGUGGAAGCAAAGAGAAGGAGAGAAACAUUAGUGUCGACUGGUUGGCUUACCUGGUUGUGUAGGUGUGCAAACUGUGAGCCCAUGUUCUACAGAGCUACUGUUGACAUUUCUGAUAGGGAAAAAGUGGCUCACAGACGUCUGCAGCCUGCAUCACUCCCCAUCCAGAGUUCCCUGCCUCACUGAACACUGGUGUUUUCAGCUCUUGAAGUGUGAAACUGAGCUGAACCACAGACACAUACAGCUGUUCAGAUAUGCUGAGGCAGAAGAAAACAUAGCCAAUAGCCGAAGUUUGAAUUUCAAAAUAAAGCCAAACAAAGACACUUUCUGGGUGGGAAAUAAAACACCUUAAAAAUGAAUAAUAUAGCGUGCAAUUGAGCAGGCGUUGUUUUUUGAGCAACCCUACCCAUCCGUGGCACUAAAUUGCUUAGCUUCUCCAAGCGCAUCCUGUAUGAAGAGGCACUUCUAUCACCAAGUACCUCACACAACCCACCUUCAAAAAUACUGAAAUAUUCCUUUAACACCAUGUGUGUUUCACACAACCUGUGCAGACUUUCUGUUGUGUAUGAGCUGAAGUUGUAGCUAUCACUUAACCUCCUCUUAAUCGAAUGCGAUGCUCUGAGAUGUGUUUAUUUUGUGUCUUACAACCACAGAAUAAUCAACAGAAUUGUCCCAGAAUCAAAUUAAGUUCACGUAAAAGUAAAAAAAGUGGUUUCCAGUCUUGAUCAGAACUUCCAUAAACGGUCACAGAAAUUCUGAGCCUUGGGGCGCACAUGGUCUUGUGAUUAACUUGCCCCCAUGUAGGUGGGCGACCAGGGUUCAAGUCCGGCCUGUGGCUCUUUCACUGCAUGUCAUUCCCCACUCUCUCGUCUGUGUUCCUAGCUACUGCUCCAAUAAUGGCAAAAAAUCUUCCAAAAUAAAUCUUUAAACAUAAAUCUGAGCCUAGAAAAGCGACCAAAGGAAGACAAGUUUUUUCAACAUUAUUGUAGCAUGUUGGAGCUGCAAAGACAGAAAUGUGAAGUACUUUCAACAACACUUAAGUGGCUCAACCAUUAGGUCUUUACGUGAAGAUUUAAGACUGAAUAACUGCAAGAAAAGGCCUAAUUCAAACUCCUAACCAAAAACCACAUGCACUCUUUUAGAUGGGAAAAAAGGUGCAUUACGCCUCAUUAUCACAGGCUGCAAAAAUGGAAAUUACCAAAAUCAAUAAGGCGUUAUCUACAAGAACAUUACUAUCUCAGACCCAAAAAAAACCCAUAAAUGAGCCACAAAUAUUCUGGUAUUUGCAUAAAAAGGGCCAGAUAUCUUCCUUGUUUGAAUCAUUACCCAGCUUAAAUGUUAUUGUAUUUGUUGAAGGUUUCUUAGUGGAUUUGGUGUUUAUUGAAAUGUGGUUUUGUUGAAGUAUUCUGCACUGUAAAGUCCAGUGUUGACAGACAACCAGUUACUUAAAAAAAAGAAAAAGUUGACAGUAAAAUCAUGUUUGCAUUAAUGCAGCGAUCACAGCUGGCAGCUCUGAGAUAGGGAUGUUUGCUCAAAGUAAAAUGACUAUUUGGAAGUCAGAGAAAAUUCAGAUGUCUCAGAUGAACGGUGAUUAAAAGCUUUAUGCUAAGACACAUUGGUGUCACAUUACAACCAGGUGCUGGAAAAUAACUGAUAAAAUAUAUUUUGUCAUGCAAGGACUCUACAAACUUUUAUGAAUGAAUGACUGAAUAUUUGAAAAUCUUGUCCCAUCCCUACUCUGAGCAUGCUGUAGCCUGGCGUCAACAGUCUCUGUAGCUCUUCACUGCUUCCACAUGGUGAAUUCCUUUAUCCAAAACACAAUCAGCAUGUCGUACCAUCAUCUUAUUUUAAAUUUUACUGCAGUACUAUAAAGUGAAACUGCAUUUUCGUCUCUUGACCUGAGGAUGGUGAUGUUAGCCCAUUCUAUAAUGGUUCAGUCUGAAUCUCUAUGGUUUUGAUGACUCCGUCUAACACCUAUAACCAUAUUAUGGGCUGAACAGGAAGUAGAGUGUCAGCACUGGACUAUCAGACCAUAGAUGCUGUCUAUAUUUGUCUUGUUUGUUUGUUUGUGUCCAGCACUCCUGUUUCCUCCCUGCUGUUGUCGAGCCGGACUCUGAAUGACAGUGGAGUGAACCAGUAGCAGCUCAUGGUGCUCAAAAAACACCAACCAAUCAGCUUUCUCUUGAUCCUUAUCCAACCAAAAACCAGCUGGGGUUUAAUGAUGUAGCUGUGUGUCUGUUACAGUUGUAGCUCAGUCCAGAGGUCUUCACAGGUCUGUAAUUUAAGGCCUGAUAAUACCAUAACUGUACAUGCAAGCACUGACAAUAAUAUAUGAAACUGGGAUACAACAACACAGGGAUGCACCAGUUAUGUUUAAGUAAAGAUAUAGCUUCAUUUGAAGUUCUGGUUAAGGGUGGCUCUUGAGCUCUACUUUCAUUUGAAGUUGCACCAGCUGAGAUUGCUACACCUUAAAUGCUAGCUCCUAGUAGAUGUAAAUUAAAUUAAGUAAAUAAUAAUGCUAUAUUUACCCUGCCACUCCCAGUGAAGGCAUGGAAUACUUUUUCAUCCUUGACACAGUCACAUUGUCUGACACACAUCCUUUGUGGCUUGUCUCUUAUGCAGAGCCAGGAUUUUGUCUCUGACAGAAGCAAGUUGCGACAGUUCCCUUUUCUUAAGCAUCCUGUCAUAAUAGACUGCUUCAUAUAUCCGUUGCAUGGAUAUAUUUCACAUUAAUUUGGGAAAGCUCCCACACAAAGCGUUUGGGAAAGUCAGGACUUUACAACAAUUUCUCAGCUGGUGAUUCGACAUUCUGUCUGUCACAUUCAUUACCAGCCAAUCACAGCCACAAGAAAAAACAAGGUUGCACACAUGAGUAGAUCUGGCACACACUUUCGUAGUAUGCAAACAGUGGACUUAUCAUAUGGAUAAAACUUAAGCCAAGGCAGCUCAGGAGAAGUGUGGUCUAAUUCUGAGAACUGCUGCUUUUCUGCAGCUACAUGUGAGCUAAUUGCUUCAGCAGCCAUUCUAUACAUCAGCUUACAGUACAACUAAGUUCCCAGGGACUAGAGUUGUUCCGAUACUGGAAUCAGAAAUACUUGCAAUAUUUCUUGAAAUGUAGGUAUUGGUGUUUGCGAGUGCACGUGUUGAUGUUAGCAUUAAGCAAUGCUAUAUGUUAGCAUGUGAGAAAAAAUCUGCACACACAAGCUGCUACUUUUUAGAGCAGCGAAGAAGAACCAAACAAAGCUGAAAACAGGACACACUGCAGCAGCAAAGUUUGGAGCAUUUACUCCGCUAGUAGAUCGGUACUCAGAAGCCCAAAACUCUGUUAACAGGAUCCGUAUCCGGAAGGAAAAAAGAUAUUGGAUCUCUCUACCCAAAACUAUUGCAAACUUAUGCUGAAGCAAGUUAGGAGGACGGCAUGAAUGUCUUCUCCAUCAUGAAAAGCUUUCAGUGUGGCCCUUUACUCUUGUUUUAGAAAGAAAUAUGGUCCAGUUCUGAUAAAACUGCUGCUAUACUAAAGCUACAUCUAAGCUAACAGCUACACUGGGGGUAGCUGGUUCUGACGCCUCACAGUGCGACCUAACCCUGCCCAUAGCUGCUGCCUCAUUCUCUUCAAAUGAUGCUGAUUGGUCAGAACUGUCUUCGGUUCAGCACAGAAGUUGUAGAUUGGAGCUUUUUUAGAUGAAUUUGCCUGAUAGCAGACAUAGUGGCAUCCAUCUACUUUGCAAGCUUGGCACAGUGCUGCUGGUACAGAGGAAAGAAUGUCACUGCUGCCAGUUGAAAAAAGUACAGUAAUGCAGUAUUUGUACUUCCUACCUCUGCUGAUAACUAACAUGCGCUCAGCCAACAGGCACUGUAGUAGUUUAAGAACGGUAAAGUUUAUUGGUGGAUAAAACUCAUGCUGAGGCCCGUCGAGACAAAUGCAAAAACAAAUUUGUCAAGAAAGCUUUGAGUGCAACUGUUCCUCCUCUUUCCAGAUCUGAUAAAAACUGUUGCUAAAGCGACAUUCAAGCUAAACGCUACACCAGCAGCAGCCAUUGCUACCAGGUUGCUGAUCAACUAAACCCCGCCUGUAGCUACCACCUUAUUCUCCUCAAAUGACACUGAUUGGUUCGUUUCAGACCUGGCUCAAUUGCUCCAGUUAGAGCUUUGCAUGAUGUAGCUGCCUGAUGACAGACAUGAAAUCUGGCCAAUUAAUUUUCUUUGCAAGGUCAAGACCACACACCUGAAGUUAAACUGCCAUUACUGUGAUGUUAUUUUAGAUAGUCUGGACAUUUCUCUUUACCAGUUAAGGUCAGUCUAAUGUCUCUGUGGUGCAUCUAAACAAUAACACUACUUUAGUUCAAACCUCACUAGUUUCAGAUGGUUUAGUGUGAAGUUUACGCCAUAACCUAACACAGAACUUAAACAGAGCUGGUGCAAGCAGACCCUCACUGACCUAAAUAAACUGACAUUAUUCUGGACCACCUCUUUGUUUUGUGUCUGAUCGGACCUGUGAGCACCUUUGGAUUCAUGGACUUCCGAUGUAUUGAUGUACAAUCAGAGCCUGAAUUUUUGCUGUAAAACCCUCAAACAACAACAAACCAAAUGAUUCAAGCAUGUUGAAACAGAGGUCGACUGAUGACGGAUGACUGAAGUGAUUUUUGAAUUUGAAGAUGAUAUAAAUAUUUAUUUACAUUUAGCGGGCUGUAAUUAAACAUUUUGUGUGGAUGUAAUGCCCGCAUAAAUCUUAGUCUAGCAAGUUUUAUUUGCAUGCUUUCAUGAACUAAUAUCAGCCGGAGACUUGUUGAAAGUGUAUAUUCUUUCCAAGGAAGCGCACAAGCUGGCUAAAUGCUAAAAAUGUGACUUAGGCAAGAAAAUGAUGACUUUAUUUAUGCUCAAAAACCACUUAGCUAGCUUUGUUGCUCUGAAGCAGAAGCUAACUUUUCAGCCAGAACAGCCAGUCUGCUACAAGCUAAUGCAAGCUACACAAAACGUUCAAAGAGAAACGGCCCAGUCAUCCUGGCAAAAACAGAAAGAAUCAUCUGCCAUCUUCAGAAAAACAGUGCUAAAGAUUUAGUGGCAUCUGGCUGCAGACCUCUAUGAUGGGGUAUUUUGGUCUCGUUGCAGACCCGGUACAAUGGGGCGACCUCAAACUUGGGGCAGGAAGUGACAUAGUAACCCUUUUUGGGGUUUUGCUUGGUUUGUAGUGUUAUUUCUAAUUUUAUCGCCCUCCCCCGUCCCUCUUACCCUGGCCCUAACCUUUAGGGUUCAGGAUCCUAUUACUAACCCUCUUUGGGUUUUUCCUUAGUUUGCAGAGUGUUAUUUUUAAAAAAAACAGAUGAGCCCAAAACUCCCCUAUGGUAGAGAUCUGCAGCCAGAUCCUCUUGAAAAGAUUUGUCACAUAGUGAAAACUAGCUAACUGCAGCAUACAGGUCCAGUUAGAGCUUUAAAGUACUAACUUUCCUCUGCUCCACACACACACACACACUUCAUGACCCCCAAUGGACAUUUGGGAUAAUGUGACUGCAAACAACCUAUAGUUGACCAGUGAAGUUAAACUAAAUGAGAUGGUGACAUACAAACAAGAUUGCUAGCUAAGUUAGCACUGCGGUGGCUAGCAUGUCUAACUUGAUGACAACCCUGCUGAUUAAAAGAGACCUGAGAUAAAGAAAUCACACCAAGAUGGCACAAACUGAGAAUACCUAAAAAGGCAUUCAGACUGAUGAAAAAUACAAGAGGUGAAGUUUUCUUGUUUUUCACAGUCUGCCAAGUUAGACUGUGUUAGCAGGCUAGCUUUUUAUGCUAACAGCCAUAACAGAAGGUCACAACAAAGGUUAGCUUGUUCCUUUAGAAGGCUUUGGCAUCUUAAGUACACUUCCAUCAUUAUUGUUGAGAUAAUACUGACACUAGUUGCUGUGGUGACGGGACAGUAAAGUGUUUGUCAGAAUAAUAACAGAACAAAAUAAUUAAAGAGAAUAAAUGAUGAAAACUCUAGUAAAGUGUUAGAUGUCUAUCUGAAAACAUGUAGAAUGAAGGAUUAGCAUUUUAAGUGAUAUUUUUGUACUAAUAAAUCCUGAUAAAGGUUCUGAUCAAUGAUCUCUAACAUGUCAGAUUAAACUCAAAGUGCAGUGAUUUUUCAGCCUUUAUUUUUAUGACUGAAUAAAUGAGUCCUUUCAGCUUUCAGGUAUUAGUUUGAAUCUCUCCAGCUAACGUCAUAUUAUUUAUCCUGAUUGCUGUAGUUUUUAACGUGACACUGAACCGUAGUUUUAUCUAGUGAAUCAGUCGACCUCUAGCUGUUACCUGAGCUCUAACUGAUCUUUACCUUCUGCUGUAGCCGUUUCAUUAUCAGGAAUAAAAACAAAUUCAACUCCAA